GCCCCUGCGCGAAACGGCUCUAUCCAGAGGAAGGACCGGAGGGAGGAGCGGCCUGGAACGGUGACGUAGGAUUGGAAUGAGGGAGUGAAUGUUCCGGGUCAGAAACUGGACGGGAGAGGAAAUUAACUCCGGGACGUGACGGAAAAGAGCGAGAAUGCUGCUCUCCUGUACUCUGAGAUGGAGCUUGUGCUUUUUACGCUGAAAGUGGUGUCAUUUUAAGAGGCGGCGGGAGCGAGAAAGAACCGACGAACUUUGAAAAAAUAAAAACAGGUGUCUGGAGGAAAAGUAAGCAAAGUGAGACAACGACGGAGAGAAACCCCGAUGUUCGUCGCGACCCUAACGUGAGCAGACAUUAUUUACAGUUUCACUCUUCGACUUUUUGUCGCCAGUGAGUGACGAGUGCUCUGAGUUUGACGGUGAAUUAAAGCCAGCUGUGUCCCACCGUCGUUGCAAUCUGUUGCAUCCCCCUUUCCUCUUCCUCCUCCCCGCUGUGUGCUUGUUUGUCGCACGGGUACGAGACUUGCUGCCAGCGCCUCCCCGUCAUGUUUCACUGUAUACCCCUGUGGCGGUGCAACCGUCAUGUGGAGAUGAUCGAUAAACGCCACUGCUCUCUGCUCUAUGUGCCCGAUGAGAUAUACCGCUACGGGAGGAGUUUGGAGGAGCUAUUGCUGGAUGCCAACCAACUACGAGACUUACCCAAGCCAUUUUUCCAGCUGGUGAAACUAAGAAAACUUGGCCUGAGUGACAAUGAGAUCCAGAGGCUUCCACCAGAAAUAGCCAACUUCAUGCAGCUGGUGGAACUGGACGUGUCUCGAAAUGAUAUAAUGGAAAUUCCAGAGAGCAUUUCAUACUGCAAAGCGCUCCAAGUGGCAGACUUCAGUGGAAAUCCACUAACAAGGUUACCAGAAAGCUUUCCAGAGCUGCGGAAUCUAACGUGUCUUUCCAUCAAUGACAUUUCACUGCAGGUUCUUCCAGACAACAUUGGAAACCUUUCUAAUUUGGUCUCCCUAGAACUCAGAGAGAAUGUGCUUACAUUCCUACCAGAAUCACUAUCUCAGCUCCAUAGACUUGAAGAACUUGACCUUGGCAAUAAUGAACUCUACAGUCUGCCAGAGUCAAUAGGUUGUCUCAUCAGCCUAAAGGACUUAUGGUUGGAUGGAAACCAGUUGUCUGACAUACCUGCAGAGAUAGGCAGCAUGAAGAACUUGUUAUGUCUGGAUGUGUCAGAAAACAAACUGGGAUACCUUCCUGACGAACUGGGAGGUUUACAGUCAUUGACUGACCUACUGGUGUCUCAGAACUUCAUUGAUGCGCUACCUGAUAGCAUUGGAAAAUUAAGUAAGCUUUCUAUCCUGAAAGCAGACCAGAACAAACUGACUUAUCUUCCAGAGAGCAUUGGCAACUGUGAAAGCAUAACUGAACUAGUGCUCACAGAAAACCUCUUACAGAGUAUACCAAGGAGCAUUGGGAAGCUAAAGCGUCUUUCGAACUUCAACUGUGACAGAAACAAGCUAACGAGUCUCCCUAAAGAGAUUGGUGGCUGCAGCGGUCUGAAUGUCUUCUGUGUACGAGACAACAAACUGACAAGGAUACCACCUGAGCUCUCACAGGCCACAGAGCUGCACGUGUUCGACGUCUCUGGAAAUAGGCUCACUCACCUACCGAUGUCACUGACCACACUACAUCUGAAAGCUCUAUGGCUGUCAGAAAACCAGUCGCAGCCUCUCCUCACCUUCCAGACUGACGUGGAUCCUGAGACGGGCGACAAAGUGCUCACCUGUGUGCUGCUGCCACAACAGCAGUCAGAGCCAGACAACCAAAAUUCUGAUAAACUCACUCGUUUUGGAGCCUUGGAGAGCCUAGUGAAUGACAUGGCAGACGACACGUGGAACGACAGAGCUGUGAAUCGCAUCAGUGCCAUCCACUUCCUGGAUGAUGACGAUGAGGAGGACGAUGAAACGAGAACUCUACUGCGGCGGGCUACUCCUCAUCCAGGUGAACUGAAAACCAUGAAGAAAGCAGCAGAGAACCUUCGCAAUGACAUGAACGCUGCCAAAGGCUUGGACUCCAACAAAAAUGAGGUCAAUAAUGCUGCAGAAGAAGUGACCACGUCUGUGUGACCUUUACCUCAGAAUAUGCUUUAUUUUUUACCUCCUGUGUUUCACCGAAUCGUCCCGCACAGCCCCUGCAGACCCUGUCAUUUUUUGUUGUUUUAUUUGAUUUUUUUUUACCCACAAUUCCUAGUGUGGCCUUUCCCACCUGUGAUUAAUCCCUGGGACGUAUGUCACCUUCCUCCAUCUCCAGUCCUGUGUAGAAGGUGUUUGUCUUCAGGGCUGCUGUGCCUUCAUCCUUUAAAUUCGUCCAUGGCAAUAGUCUGCACACAGGUGCUCCUUUUAUAAAGACGUUUUAAAUUAAAUCUCUCUUUAAAAAAAAAAGAAAAUAACAUUAGGUAGUUGCACUAUUCAAAGUCUUUAUAAUGCGGUCAAACCUUUUUAAAUGUUUCUAUAUAUUUGUUUCUAAAUCUAUUUUUAAAACACUGGGUAAAAACACUACUUUUUCCAUUUAGACACUAAACAGUUGACGGACCUACUGACUAAGGACUAUUGUACAAAGCGUUGUGAAUAUUGAUACUUUUAUACUUUUCGGCAGCUCAGAUGUAAAUAAGAAUGUAAAGUAAUCAGAUGCAGAUUUUUAAACUUCCUCUUUGUUUCUGUCUUGGUACUUUUCUCUCUGUCCUGUUUUUUUCGGCUUUUAAAAAAAUCAUUGAACAAAACAGUCACUAAUGUCUUAUUCAAACCGUAUGAUAGUAAUUACUGGGUGAGUGGAUGGCCUUGAAUUAUCUUUUCUGUGUAAAAUAACCAGGCUUUUUUUGGAUAAUGAAUAUAUUAGGUUUAUGGAUAAUUAUAAUGUUUAAAUAGGUUUGGAUUAAGGUUCUGCACAUGAAAUACUCAUCUGAAGUGUCCUGAUGCAGAAUUAAAUACUACCUUAUUUAUAUAUGCACUGUGCUUAUGCGCUUGUUCAUUUACAAUGCUCAUUUACUGAUUAGAUGCCAAAACCACUUUUUUAAUUAGCGUAACAGUUUUCUUUAUCAGAGAAAACCAUUUAGAAUUUUAAAAUGUUUGGUGAGAACCAGGUUUUUAACUGCAGUUGACGUUCUUCUUCAGUGCACUUCUCAGUGUUUCUCAGAUUCUUCUACGUGGUACCUGAUAAUGAGUAAUGUAAUAUUUUGUUUAUAAAGUGAUUGGAAAAAGGUCAAACCAGAGGAUUUGGUUCAAAUGUUGGUUUACUGUUUUUUUUUAUUUUAUUAUUUUGAUUAUUAUUAUUUUCCCAAACUGCACAAGACAGAUCUUAGGUGAGCAUUGGGCCUGGAGAUCUGGAUGACCUUUUAACCACUGAUCAAUAAAAUGAGUGCAACA